AGACCACGGCAAAAAGCAUACGCGAAGCGGUCCCGCACGGGCUGCCGGACUUGCCGGGUGCGUCGGGUUAAAUGUGAUGAGUUGCCCAAUGCAUGCGGCAACUGCACACGGACAGGCCGGAUCUGCGACGGAUAUGACGUGCAAAGACUCCCUCCACGCCGCGUCCCUGGGGAAGGCCGAGGCGAGGCAGUCGCUCGACCAGCCGCUGACAGCGCUUUCGCCACGAUCCACGCCGCCAUCAUCACCAAGCUACAAUGGAAGAUGACGUCUGACGAGGGUCGCUGCCUCUCGUUCUUUCAGCACCGUUCUGUUCCCCAGCUGGUGGGCUUUUUUGAUUCGCCUCUUUGGCAGAGACUGAUUCUCCAAUUGUGCCACGCAGAUCCCGCGGUAUAUCAUGCGGUCGUCGCCCUCGGCGCGGUGAACCAAGCCAACGAGAUAGCCGGUCGUAUACCCCGGCCGGGGGAGCGAACCAUCCUGCAAAAUACCCAGGGGCUGCAAAACACCUGGUACCGGUACGCCAUGGAGCAAUCCGGACGCUCAAUCGCUCUGGUCAACAAGCGACGCAUAUCCCGUGACCCGCAGCUGCAACAAGUCAUUUUGGUGUGCUGUAUACUGUUCAUCACCUCCGAGUUACUGUGCGGGAACGUUACUGUCGCCAACUUCCACCUCCGCGGAGGCCUGCGAAUCAUCCAAACCAUGAACAUCCGGCGACGGCCUCUGGGACUCGAGCUGAGCACGGGCGCAGUAGAAGAGUGUGUGAUGGACUCGUUCUUGGGCUUCCAGCAAGGAUCGCUCUACUACGGCAAUGAAGAGGUGGUGCGCUUCGAUAGCGAGUUCAUCCACGAACAACCGUACGAGAACUACCUCGACCACUUCCACAGCCUGGCUCAUGCGCGGCAGACCUGGAAGCCUCUCGAACACACCGCUUUUGAGUUCAUCGCCAUCGGAAUGAAGGCGAGCGACGACGAACUCGACGCCAAAUACGCCACGUUAUACCUUCAGCAGCACCGACUUAUCUCACUCGUGACCAAAUACCUCCACCAGUUCGAGCACUUCUGCCGCACCGCGUACGGCACCACCUCAUUCACCAUGCCAAUCACCACGAAACAUCAGGUCCGCCGCAAGGAAUACCGCGAGGCGGAAUUGACGCGAAUCAGCUGCCUUAGCGUCUUACUUGGGGUGCGAACCGCCACGUACAACAAAACCGGCCCGCCGCCCGAUGGCCACAUCGCCGAGCGGUGGGCCCUGCUCUCCGCCGUCGAAACCGCCAUGCGCAAUCUCGGCGCCGACUGCCCCACGUUCACGGCCACCAGCACCAUGAUCCCCGCCAUGUACAUGGCCGCCCAUUCGAGUCCGGAUUAUGCCCUGCCAUGCCACGCGAUCGAGCUGCUACGGUCCUGGCGGUCCGAGGAAGGGUUCAUGCGAUCGGCUCUGAGCGCCAACCUCCUCGAGGAGUUCCUGAAGAAGGAUCUG